AUGUCAUCCAAAGAAAACCCACAGAACAGUGCCUGUGCUAAUGAGUCCUCCAACCACAGAGUCAUUGGAGACGGGAGUUUACCUAGGCCGCCCAAUUCAGUCACUCAAAGCAGGGUGCUGAACAAGUUGCUCAAGAAUCAUGAAAUUCCCGACAACAGGGAGUCUGCUCAGACAAACCACGGUCCAGAUCAAGGAACAGAAGAUUCAGGCACAUCACCUGCCAAUGGUCAUCAGUCAUCUCAGGCUUUACCAGAAACUAGUCAGCUGACGUUUAGUCCACCAGAAGUAACCAGUGCAUUGUCAGUCAAUGCCAAAGAAUUUGUUCCACGAUGUCAGCCUGCACUUGAAUCUUAUUCCUACCCUGACCAGAAUUGUGAUCAAGGGGAUCAGUUUAACUUGUCAGCAACAGCAGCUGAAUUUGUGCCGAAUGUUUCCGAUGAGUACAACUACAGCGACAACUUCUAUCGGCGUUCCCCCUAUGAGGAUUAUGAAGAAGAUCCUAACUACUUGUUUGAAGAGUUAAAUGACCAGUUUGAUUCUUUGUAUAUGUAUGACGUUCCAUCGGCACAUUCUGGCAACCCUAUACUCGACCGCUUCAACCAAGUCAUUCAUGUACUUAGUAUGAAUCCUGGCAACAUGGAGGAAUACCUUCGCCCUGUUUGUGACAUGAUUCGUACCAGUUCUGAUACGACAGAAAUUGCUAAUGAUGUUGCUGAAAGUUUGUUUAAUCAGAGUAUUAAAGAAGCCAAUUUUCGAUAUACUGGAGCAAGGAUAUGUCAGUUCUUGAGCAGCAGUUUAAAAGGCAAUCCACAUUUCUCAGGAUUCAAAACUAUUUUUCUUCAGAGGUGUCAGAAAGAAUACAAGAGGCGUGGGGAGCUGAAAUCUGGGAGUCCAGAAGAUCAGGAGAGGCUGAGAGCAUUGGCCAUGUUUAUGGCAGAAGUUUUUUUGAACGUGGAGACUGAGUUGCCAGACGGGACCGUCCAGCGCUUGCACUUUUUACCCAGCACACUGAUUGAUCUGGUAAAAACCCUGCUCUCAAAGCCAUCAGACUUGGAUGUGAAGUGUUCAUGCCAGCUGCUGAAACUGGCUGGUGGUCUGAUCGAAGAUGUAGUUAAAAACUCUCCUGAAGAUUGUGUCAAGUUUGAGGAGAUUUUCACUCAGCUCCAGUCUAUGCAGUCCAACAAUAUACUCACAGAAAAUACAAAGUUCAUGGUUGGUACAGUCAUGAAGUUGAAAGACAGUGAUUGGAAUCGAUCACCAUCUCCCAUUAAACAUGCUGGCAUUUCAUUUUUAUCAGAAGCAAAUACUUUUCAGGCUUCAGAACCAGUGUUCUACAAUCAAGCAGGCACACCCUGUAGCCGCACAGAAGCUGGGUUCCCUGAGGAAGACACUAAAGAUGAUACCUAUAUUCUUAACGAGGAAGAAGAGGCUGCCUACUUGAGUUGGCAGAUAGAACAGGAGUUGCUGACGGAGGACCCAGGGGCAUUGCUGAUAAAUGAUACAGGCUAUGAUUCCUAUCAGUUUGAUGAAAAUGAUGAUGGAGGGAUGGGUGAUGAAAUGGAAGCUGCUUAUGAAGAGUUCUUGCAGAAACAAAGCUGUUUGCAAAGCUACCAGCCUCAUCUGGUGGGUCAGUCACCUCCAGCUGUACCCCACACAUUCAGU